CACGCCACAGUUCCGCGCCCCAUUAGGUAGAUCAGAGUGAAACAAGCAUUCAGAGGGAAGGAGACGAGAGGAGAGGAUGGCGGCUCCGCACAACGGAUCCAACAUCACGACCAACUACACCAACCAGUUCGUGCAGCCGCCGUGGCGCGUCGCGCUCUGGUCCAUCGCCUACAGCGUGGUGCUGGCGGUGGCCGUGUUCGGGAACCUGAUCGUGAUCUGGAUCAUCCUGGCGCACAAACGCAUGAGGACGGUGACCAACUACUUUCUGCUCAACUUGGCGUUUUCGGACGCGUCCAUGGCCGCGUUCAACACUUUGAUAAACUUUAUCUACGCCGCGCACGGGGAGUGGUACUUUGGAGAAGCGUACUGCAAAUUCCACAACUUCUUCCCCGUCACGUCGGUGUUCGCCAGCAUCUACUCCAUGACCGCGAUAGCUGUGGACAGGUACAUGGCCAUCAUCCACCCUCUGAAGCCUCGCCUCUCAGCAAGAGCGACCACAGGAGUCAUCGUCUGUAUCUGGAGUCUGGCCGUGGUCCUCGCCUUCCCCCUCUGCUACUUCUCCAGAGUCCGAACGCUGCCGCGCAGGACGCUCUGCUACGUGGCCUGGCCCCACAUGGCCGACGACCCCUUCAUGUAUCACAUCAUCGUGACAGUUCUGGUCUACGUGCUGCCUUUAGUGGUGAUGGCCAUCACUUACACCAUCGUGGGGGUGACGCUGUGGGGAGGGGAGAUCCCAGGAGACUCGUGUGAUAACUAUCACGGGCAGCUUCGGGCGAAAAGGAAGGUGGUGAAGAUGAUGAUCAUUGUGGUGGUGACCUUUGCCCUCUGCUGGCUGCCCUAUCACGUCUACUUCAUCGUGACGGGUCUCAACAAGCGUUUGAGCAAGUGGAAGAACAUCCAGCAGGUCUACCUGUCGGUGCUGUGGCUGGCGAUGAGCUCCACCAUGUACAACCCCAUCAUCUACUGCUGCCUCAACAGCAGGUUCCGAGCAGGCUUCAAGCGAGCGUUUCGUUGGUGCCCCUUCAUCAAGGUGUCCAGCUACGACGAGCUGGAACUGCGCUCGACGCGGCUGCACCCGACACGCCAGAGCAGCAUGUACACGCUGUCGCGAAUGGAUACCACCAGUGUGGUUGUUUACGACCCUGCUGAAGGUGACGGCGGCCCCGGUGGUGGCUCUGGGAGGAAGCACUCCCUGUCCGCGAGGAAGAAGAGCUACGUCACGUCUCGCCACACAGAGAUCACAGGAUGCAACGGCGGCGGCGGGAAAACACAAAAUGGAGCUUCACCAAGUGUUCAACCCGAGGAGUUCUCUUGAGGAGCUUGUCCAUUGACGUGACAUUGUUCACACACACACACACACUCACAUGUGUAUUUCAAAAAUAUACACAUACAGUAUGUACAUCAUUCAUUGUACAUACAAACAGUGCACAUGGUUGUCGCUGUGCAUUUUAUCAAGGUUGAAGUGAUUAUUUUAACAUGGAGCAAAUGAACUCGGAUAUGAAGGUUAUUGAUUCAUGGUUUAUAUAAUAUACACUCGUUCAUGAAUUGCAGAACAGGCCCAGGGGCCUCAGGGCUUGUGGUUCUUAAAGCCUCGGUUUCAAAUUACUUUUACUAAGCGGUUUUCAGACAUGAAAUCCAGAAAAUGCUCGGGCCGGACCUUCUCCGGCUUUUCCCUUUUACAUAAGAAGAAAGCAAGCAGGAGGUUGUGAGGGGGUUCAGGUGAGGGGUGGCGUCUGGGUCAAGCAUGAAGGAGACAGGACAUGGCUAUAACUUCACUGCGGAAAUCCCUGUGUGUUUGGUUUGCAGCACACAAACAGCAAUUCUUGCACUCGCAUGACUUUUCAAGUUGACAUCGUCGUUAAGCAGCUUUACUUUCAUUUUGCUCGUCAUUUUACUUUUCAUUAUCACCCAUUAUCCUUUAAUAUAAAACAUUCGCCUAUAUGAGUGUAACCCAUUAUCUAUUUUACUGUUUAAUCAUCUGCCCCCUGCAGUGUACAGUUGUACAGUAUGUUGAAUAAAGUCAAAUUAACUUAAUAAGAAAAGCCAUUUAAAUACGUAUUGAAAAGCAGAAUUGCUCCACUUUAUGUAGAUAUACUAUAAUAUAAUGUAUAGUGAUAUAAUAUUAUGUAUGGAUGAUAGAUCCAGAGAGGUGAACAGGUUAACAAACCAGAGACAAAGACACAAAAUGAAUGCUAGUGCUGGGAUUAGUGCAUGUUUGUGUGUGAUGGGGGGGUUCUGAUAGAUGGGAUUAGUGCCCGCUCCAUGUCUGUGCCCACAGGUCUGUCGUGUCAUUGUCUGUCCACACUCAGGAGCAGCCUUAACAACACCUUGAACAGUGUUUUUCAGGUGCUUUCCCUUUAAGCUACAUAUUCAAGGUCCCUCUUAUCCCAUCAGGCCUUUCUCUGUUUUAAUAAAUUCAACAUUUAUCUUUAAUUGCAAUUGAGUAUUUAAAUGCAGUCAGCGCACUAACGUUUUAAUCACAAGAUGUAGUCGAUGGAUAAUGAAAUUGAUUAGAUCUGCUUCGACUCAUAUAUAUGCUGGAAUGGAAAAGGGGAGAAUCUGAAACUACUACUGUACGUCACAGCGAUUGUAAUUAUGCAAGUGCACCAUUAAUUGUAUUUCCAUCUGUAAGUAUUCACCCGUUAUGUCUUUCAGAGGAUGCACUCUGCGUCUGGUCCACCCUGAGAUGAUUGGCUCCAUUCACCAUGUCACUCUCUGAGUUUCUCUGAAUGUAUUGAAAUGGAGUGAGGCCUUUGGUUACAUCACUGUAGGAAAGGAUGUGUGUCCUGGAAAACUGCCAAUGAGCCAGAGGCGAAAUCCAAUGCACAUUUGUAGCACAUGAAGGAAAAGGUUGCUGGAGAACUAGAUGAUUGAAAAGCAAAUUAACCAACUAGAGCCCAGUGGAGCAGCGUCCAUCAAUUUGAAAAUGUCAGUGAAGUGAAGGUUACAAAAUAACCUGUGCAGUGAAAUGCAGUUAAUGUUUGUUCUAAUGCUCUGUAGUAUUAUUUUAGAUACAGUACAUAAGUACAUGUAUACAGAGUACACAAACAGUACAUUAUGGGCUACUGUUCUUGGCUCUAGCUUCCUUAGAGCUGUUAAUCCUGGGUUGUAUCUAAAUUAAAAUCCUUGUGUGACUGCCCCUAUCAAAAGAUUGCGUUAAAUGUUUUUUGAACUUAUGUUGUUGCCAGUAGCAGUAAAAGCAGAAUAGCUUUGACUUGUAUUACACAUGUUGAAACAUUAUAAAUAUAAUUCAAGCUUCAAUCUAAAUGACCUGAAACGUAGGAGCUCAAUGUAAAUGUUUUAAUUGUUCUUUCCAACAUUUGUUUGAAGACUUCAUGAAAGUAUUUACUAAAGAAUGUGAAGACAAAAAACGUUGUUGUGCAUUAUAGUGUCUUGUGAUUUUAAGCUUACUGAAGUUGGUUCAAUAGUUUGUACGUGUUGAUGUGUUUAAAUGUUUGAGUUUUAUCUGAAUGUACAGAACAACGUGUGCCUCACUUUGUCAAGUGAUGAAAAUACUCUUUGCUGUUUUUUUCAAAGGUAAUUGGUCAAUUUCAAGCUGAGCCUUCACUGCGUUAUGUUCACCCUUUUGUUUGUGUUUGAUCUGAACAGACCUCAAGUUGAAAAUAACCUGAAUUGUCCUUCAAAGAAACACACUAAAAUGAUAAUUGCUUAAAUGACAAUUAUUUUGGUAAUUUUAAUGAAUCUUUAAAGUUCUCUAUCAAACCUUUCUAAUUGUAAGAAGAUUUCCAUAGCUCUGCCGUGGUCAGUGCUGAUGUGUUUGCUUCAGGUUGCCUCAAUGAGCAGCCGAUCCAGUGUCAUGAGAGUUUACAGAUCACUUUACGUGCUUAGGAUCUUUGAUUAAAUGUGUAACUGUGGCUUGUUGCAAAUGCAGUGAAAUACAGGGAAAAAAUACUGAGCAAUAGUGUUUUGUUUUGUGCAGACUAAUGUAAUAAUCCACAACUUUUUAUUGUUCAAUUGUAUGGAAGCAAACUGCCGUCAUAAAACAAAGAUAUUUUACUGCGAUUACCUUGAUUCAAUCAUUAUGUGUGAGCAUUCUUUGUUAUUGUGAUGUACUUCCAUAUCAACCUCUGGGCUGCUCGUUAAAAUAUUUACAUUUUCCUCUAUAGGAAGGGAGUAGUGGGGUGUUGACAGCAUGUUACUGAAAAGAAAUAGAAAUGUGGGGGCAGAUACUCGCCAUUGUCCCAAUGCUGGUGGCUUUGGUAACCUUCUCCAGUAUCGCCAUGUUUUCUACAUUUCUUUACAGAAUUAAAAACAAGAAUACAGUGGUGUGUUCUGUGGUAGAAUACUCCAGUAACUUGCACACUGCACACAUAGCACAUGCAAACACAUAUAUGAAAAGGAAGUGAACUCUGGGCCUUAGAAACUUCAAAUAUUCAGAAACUAAUGUAUAUUUAUAUCUUUGCUCAGGAGCUGCUGUCAGACCACUGUGAUGCUGUGUGAUACACUUGAGAUCAAUACAAAUGUUGUGGAUUAAAACGUUACGUUGACCUUCAUGAAAGUUUCAGUAUGCGUUGUUGUUUCUGUUUUGCUGUUCAGAGUUGCUUAAUA